AUGGACUUCCAAAUACUCUAUGGGGUCUAUGUCAGGCCACCCCUGGAAUACGGCAGCCAAGUUGUCCACUCAGGGCGCACGAAUGACGUCACCCUCAUUGAGCGUGUCCAGCUAGCCGCUACGAGAAUGGUUGCUGGCCUCAAAUCCGUGGACUACGAAACGCGUCUCGCGAUGCUUGGUCCCUUUCCCCUGGAGUAUCUUUGUAUCUGGCCUUUGAACAAUCUUCAAAACGGUGUACACGUGGCCGGAAUGAGGAAGAUUUUCGCGUUCUAUUAUGGCUGUAUUGUGCUUGGGAUUGAGGAAACACUGGUACCCUGGGCGAGUGCCCCCGGGAGGCUGGCCAAGUUGGAACCGAAUGAAUCGUCUCCAAUCACCACAUGCCACUUUUCGCCCAGUCUCGCAUCUAAAGCUAAUUUCAACUGCUUCGCGAUCUCUUCCAAGCGCUGUGUACUUUUGUUGAAGCUUUUGGCCAACUUGACAAUCAAAUUCAAAGCAUCCGAGGAUAGAUAUGUGUCCUUUUCACCUGCGCUAUCUGCAGCGUAUUCAAUUUCCAUGAGAUCUACGGUUCGAUCGGUACCGUUUACCUCCGCGUGUCUUAGGUCUUCGACGUUUGGACUGAAGCCAACUGGUCGACCCUGA